AUGGAGAGGGCCAGUUCCACCUUUCUCCCACCAGUUCUCUGUGCUUCCGGGGGCUGCUGGCUGGUGUCUGUGGAAGAGCCGAUAGAGCAGAGAGUGGCAGCUGUUGGGUUGGAGGACGAACAGAAACUCCUUUUGACACCCUUUGAACGAAAUUUGGAUUUUUGGCGUCAGCUGUGGCGAGUCCUGGAAAGAAGUGACGUUGUGGUUCAGAUAGUGGAUGCCAGGAACCCACUCCUCUUCAGGUGCCAAGAUCUGGAGUAUUAUGCCAAAGAAAUCAGCCCAGAGAAGGAGAACCUCAUUCUGCUGAACAAGGCUGACCUGUUGAGUGAAGAACAACGCUCUGCCUGGGCCCAAUUCUUCGAGGAGGAGGGUGUCAAAGUAGUGUUCUGGUCAGCCCUGGCAGAGGGAAGGCGGCUGGCUGCACUCUUUAAGGAGACGGAAGUUGUGGAGGAUCCAGGCCUUGAGGAGGAGCCUUCCAGCCAGAGCUCUAGCAGCCAUUCCGAGAGUGAGCCAGACUCCCCCUCUGAACUGGAAAGUGACUUGGAAGGAGAGAGCGACAUCUAUGAGGAUUGCGAUGAGGACUUGGAGGGGGAGGAGGCCUGGCUGACGUGCUCCGAAGAUGAGGGGAGCAGGACCAUGGAUGGGGCCUUGCAGGAGAACAGGACUGAGGGUGCUGACUGCCCCCAGGGGCCCAGAGCCAAACAGGAGCAGCCCAUCAGAAACAGCAGCCACUUAGUGCAGAGAGAGGAGCUCCUGGAGGUCUUUAAGUUGGUCCAUGCUGGGAAGACGAAGAUCAGAGAAGGGGAAGUGACCAUAGGGCUGGUGGGCUACCCCAACGUUGGAAAGAGCUCCACCAUCAACACCAUUUUGGGAAAGAAGAAGGUCUCUGUCUCUGCCACCCCGGGGCACACAAAGCAUUUCCAGACGCUGUACGUGGAGCCCGGCUUGUGUCUCUGUGACUGCCCUGGCUUGGUGAUGCCCUCCUUUGUCUCCACAAAGGCUGAGAUGGUUUGCAGUGGGAUCUUGCCUAUAGACCAGAUGAGAGACCAUGUCCCCCCUGUUUCCCUCGUCUGCCAGCGGAUCCCUCGUCCUGUCCUGGAGAAAACCUAUGGCAUCAGCAUCAUCCGGCCGAGAGAGGACGAGGCACCUGACCGGUCACCCACCUCUGAGGAGCUGCUGACUGCCUACGGAUAUAUGAGAGGAUUCAUGACUGACCACGGACAGCCGGACCAGCCCCGCUCAGCUCGCUACGUGUUGAAGGACUACGUCUCUGGCAAGCUGCUUUACUGCCACCCGCCUCCCGGACUAGAGGCCCAGGAGUUCCAGCUCUGGCACAGAACAGGCACCCCCCACAAAGCCCCACCACUGGAUGCAGGCACACAACCGGGCAGGAACCGGAAGACCAAGCAGAUAGAAAAUGUGGUGGACACCGCUUUUUUCCACCAGGAGAACAUCCGUGCCCUGACCCGAGGCAGCCAGUCAGUGCUGGGCUAUCGCGGAGGGGCUUCUGGCCUGCAGGGCCUGUUGCCAGCUGCUGCGAAGGAUAGCGUUCCAGAGAAGCCCUGGAAGAAACAUGGCAACAGGAACAAGAGGGAGAAGAUCCGCCGUGUCACCAAGCACCUGCAGGCUUAAGGAAAGGGUUGGACUCAGAGUGGACAUGGGAGGGAAGCAGCAGCCGCGUAUGCCUCUGGGGUAUCCAAUGUACAAAAUGUUGACAGGCCCAUGCGUCUGCCUUCUCUCCCAGGGUCGCCCAAGUCUCUGCCCUCGGAUUGCUCUCAGAGGGCUGCUGGCUCAGGGGAGGUGCCCAGACAUAUGGGACUCGGUGUCCCCUUUGGCUUGUGCUUCAGGCAUGAUCCAGGGAAAGCUGCCAUGCAGCGCAAGACCCAUUCUCUACUCCUCUGGGGGAAUAAACUUUUGUUAUAUUUCCA